AUGGUUUCAAAUAUUGGCCUGAAGGCCCGCUCAAGAUUUUCCGCAAAAGACAGUGUAGAGUAUCUUUGGAACGGCCUAGGCCUCCCAACAGAGUCCUUGAAAUCUCUCAAUAUUAGCGGCGAUGGACCGGGUCUUCCAUCAUCAUUCAAAAUCGCCGAUCUCGCCCAGGCAUCAAUAGGCUUGUCUACUCUUUUAGCAGCCCAGAUACAUGCCCUGCGCAACUCAACCCCAAUUCCUGCUGUGACGGUUUCACGAGAACAUGCAGUCAUCGAGUUCAAAUCCGAAAGACUCUACACCUUAGCUGGCAAAGCAGUAUUCACUGCCUGGGGCCCUAUUGGGGGUCUUCAUAAAUCCGCCGAUGGCUAUGUCAGGGUCCAUGAUGGCUUUCCGAAUCAUAGAGACGGUACAAAGGCGCUGCUUGGAUGUGCGCCUGAUGCAGAUCGCAAGGAGGUUGCAUCUAAGAUUGCCUCUUUGAAUUCACUAGCACUCGAAACAGCCGCUUUUGAAGCCGGGUUGGUAAUUUCUGCUUUGCGAAGUUACUCGGAAUGGGAUUCUCUCCCCCAGGCGCGAGCUGUGUCCGAAUUUCCAAUCACUCUCCGCAAGAUCGGAGAUGCACCAGUUGGGUUACCGCGAAAGAUGCAAACAGGGAAUACCAAGGCUCUACAAGGACUACGGGUUCUUGAAUUUUCUAGAGUGAUUGCAGCCCCGUUAUCUGGAAGGGCUUUGUCAGCGCAUGGCGCCGAUGUUCUCUGGGUGACAAGUCCGAAUUUACCUGAUAUUCCAGUCGUCGAUCGCGACCUCGGUCGUGGGAAACGAACCAUCCAGCUUGAUCUGCUUACACCACAUGGUGAGCAGGAUCUUUCUAGACUUCUAGAGGGCGCCGAUGUCGUUACCCAAGGUUUCCGCCCAGGCAGUCUUAAGUCGCGUGGUCUGUCGUCGAAACUUCUAGCAAGCCGUUUCUCCAAUCGAGGUAUCAUUUGCGCCAAUCUCUCGGCAUACGGGCCUGAUGGUCCCUGGUCUGAUAGACGUGGAUUUGAUUCGCUUGUCCAGACAUGUUCCGGUAUGAAUGUUUCAGAGGCUGAGCAUUACGGGGCUGGGGAGCCUGCACGGCCGAUGCCGUGCCAGGCUCUGGAUCAUGCAGCAGGUUACUUCCUUGCAUCGGGUAUCCAGGCUGCUCUAUACAAGCGAACCGUUGAAGGUGGAUCGUGGGAGGUCGAUGUGUCUCUCGCCGGUGUGAUGAAGUAUCUUAGGUCCCUAGGACAAUUUGAAGGGAGAUCAGGCUUCCAAGCACCGGACUAUAACUUUGUGGCGGAUGUGCCUGUGGAAUACCUGGAGACAAGGGAUACUGGCUUUGGCGAGAUGACUGCUGUGCGCCAUUCAGGUUCCAUUCAGGGAGUCCGAGUGGGAUGGGACAUUAUGCCAAAGCCAUUAGGUUUAGAUGAGAAGAAGUGGCUGUAA